UCCCUGACGUGCCGUGCCCCUGACCCGCGCCCCCUUCUGUUGCCUCAUCGCGCGCACGUGUGAAAUACCCGCGCGGAGAGCUCCUCUCCUCUGCCUGCGUUCCUGCAGAUUCUCCGCGUGAGUCUCCCGUGUCCUUCCCCGGCUCGGCCAGCUCGCAUUUCUCAGUGUUUGCCUGCUGGAGAAUGAAGCAGAUUGCACAGAGAGGGAGUUAUUAGCCAACAAAUUCGAAGGUUAUAUGUGCCAUGGCUAUGACCAGUGUCAGAUUGCCCACCUGUGUUUUUAGAAAGCCAGAUGCCUGGAUUGGACUCUGCCGAGUGCUGCAAGGGACACCGUCACACAAACCCUGUGCUUCCUGGAAUCGAUACUUAUAUUUUUCUAGUACCAAGUUAAAUGCAUCAAAUUAUAAAAUACUUUUCCAUAACAUUUUCUCACUGAGACUCCCAAGGCUUUUAGUAUCUCCAGAAUAUAUUUUACCAUUUUCCAUAAGACUCAAAAGUAAUGUAAGUUCUAAAAAGUCCGCUAAAAAGACUCUGCAAAAAGUUGAAGAUGAAGAGGAAUCUGAAGACGAGAGAGAUCGUAGUGAGAUGAGUGAACAGGAAGACGAGACCGAGGAUGACCCCAGUGUGGUCAAAGACUAUAAAGACCUGGACAAAGUAGUGCAGUCUUUCCGGUAUGAUGUUAUCCUGAAGACGGGUCUGGAUAUUGGAAGAAACAAAGUGGAAGAUGCAUUCUACAAAGGUGAACUCAGGCUGAAUGGGGAAAAAUUAUGGAAGAAAAGCAGAACGGUGAAAGUUGGAGAUACAUUGGAUCUUCUAAUUGGGGAGGAUAAAGAAGCAGAAACAGAGACAGUGAUGCGGAUUCUCCUGAAAAAAGUGUUUGAAGAGAAGACUGGCAGUGAGAAAUACAGAGUGGUGUUAAGACGGUGGAAAACGUUAAAAUUGCCUAAAAAAAGUAUGCUCAAAUAAAUGGAUUGCUUUUUAGCGAUAAAGCUGCUUUCUAGUAGCGUGGGACAGGGCCAGGUUAAGGGCAUUUUUAUUAAAAUAAAAUUCUCCUAUCAUUUGUGGCCUCUGCCGAGCCAUUUUGUGGAAGUUGAGUUCCGUAUCUUGGAGACACUUCUGUGGCCUGGAUUUCCCUCUGGAGCUUCAUUUAUGCGCGUUUUGACCUGAGCACAAGUGAGAUAUGUGCUGAAUGAACUAAGCCCAGAGAGGGUUUUCGUGACCAGCCUGCUGUUUCCCACGUUAACUUCCUCAGGAGGCAGUGUGAGAUAAACUGGCCUUGUUGUUAGUUGAUUCUUUUUCAAUCCUAUCCUUGUUGGCCAGCUUCCUUGGGUUCAGGCUUCUUAAGGCAAAACCAGGCUAAGUCAAGGUCUUCAUCUUAGGGGAGAAGCACUGGGAGACCCCUUUCUCCACUGGCCUUUCUGAGUUACCAGCAUGUUGGCCUUAGUUCCCUUCAGUUUGUCUCCAGGGGUCAGGAUAGUAAAGUUGUUCCAAUUAAUUCCAAAUGGGCUAGUUAAUUUUAAAAUUAAUUGUUUUGGGCAUGGGGUUGAUAGACUAAGGCAGCCGGAGGCCUUUUGUAUGGCAGACAAAAAUGGUUUUUACAUUUUUAAAAGGUUGUUUAAAAAAAAAGGGAAAGGGAUAUAUGACAGAGACCUCAUGUGGCCCAAGGAGCCUCAAAUAUUUAUACCAACCCUUUACAGGAAGAAUGUGAUUGACCCUCCUCGGUUUAAGCUGAGGGUCUACUUUUCAGGUGAAAGUAGAAAAUACACAGAUUUUUAUCAACAAAGAGAAGAAUCAGAGAUCAAUUAUUCUAAUUCUCAAGAAGUGUUUUACAAAGGACUGAAAAAAUAGAGUGUAACAGAGGAAACACACCUUUAAUACACGUCAUCUAAGAAAAGGGUAGCAGGGUACCUGCAUAAAUAAGUUGCAGAUUCCCUGCAGCUGUUUGCUGGCACUGGCAGGGUCCGCUCAGAUAGGAGGCUUACUAGAUUGAGUCAUGUCAAAAAGACUGGCUGUGUCUGCGUCCUUUGAUUUGUCCUCCAGGAAUUCUCAAGAAUUCAGGUUAACUGACAGAGAAGGGAAACUUCUGUAGCUCAGUGCAGUGAGAUGUUUGGGCCCUUGAGUCUGGAAUUCUUUUACCAGCUCAGAUUUCAGAAGACUCUGAAAAAUUGAUUUUUAUUUGAAAGCUUAAAUAAGCUCUCAGGAAGAAAUAAUAAAUACUGUGCAGUGUAACAGAAGGAAUUUUUCUAUUUUACCACUUGUUAAGUAGGCUUUUUCAUCAGUAAAACUAGUACAAUUAAUUUCAACAUAAACUCACUUAGUUAUGAGUUAUAAUUUAGGAGAUUAUAGUAAUGACUGCCUUUUCUCAUCCUUCACCUUUCUGUGCCUUUCUCCCCCUCCUUUCCUCCACCUUCUCUACCCUCUCUUCUCUUCACUGUUCUUUGGAAAGUAACAGAAAGCCAGGGAAGUCUUGGAUGGUGAUGGAUAGUGUGAUCUAGUGAUGUGUCAGGGUCCUGGUGUUUAGGCUCAGUCUUGCCCCUAGCAAGUUGGGUUACCUUGGUUGUAGUUUGGCCUUAACCCCUCUGAGCUUCAGCUUCCUCACUGGUCAGAAAGGGAUCAGGAUACUAAUUUCCUUACCUUGUUGAGUCUUUGAAAGAGGAAGAAAGUUAAAAUGUGUGAGGCAAGGUGGGUUGGUAGUAGCUAGAAAGCAGGAAGGGCCACUUGAAAGGCUUUUGGAAGCUCUACUGGUAAUAACUUAACUGGUUGGGUUUGACCUAUUCCAGGCUUCUCUGUUUUUGAAAAUGAAACUAAGAAGACGUCUGAUGGUAGAGAAUGUUGGUCAUAGCAUGUGGCAAAAACUGAUCUCAUAGUUGUCCACAGCGCAAGGGACUUGGAGCAUAUUUGUGAAACAGCAGAAGCGAAAGUGGUUCAUAAAGAUUUAUGGAACUCUCGCAGCUCAUUCAUUGCUACAGCUGCUUAAUAAUGCCAUCCUGGCAAGGCCUCCUCUGUGACAAUGUGAUCAACGUGAUGAAAAGAUUAAAGAAAAGAUUUGGAUAUUUCUAAUGCA